UUUUUUCUAAAUAAUGCAAAAAAGUUUUUUAAUUAGCAAAAAGGGGCACGAAAAAAUUUAUUUAGCAAGAUGGGGUACUUUUAGUGGGAUUCGCGAGUUUUGUUGCGUUUCCAUCUAUUAUUCUGAAAAAGGUCUGACUGCGUUGGGAGGUGCAGGGUGAUUGGGGAAAUCAUUGCUUUAUGAUGGUGGGAUUCGCAAGUUUUCUUGCGUUUUCCAUGUCAGGGUGGCAGGUUGCACGUUAUUGGUGUCGCGACUUUACCUGCGAAUUCAAGUGCUUUUCAGGUGGCAGUACUGACAUGGAGGGAAAGGAAUGGCUAAGAUUGAAUGCUCAAUUUUUUUUGCGAAUCCAGGAUAUACAAAAUGACAAAAUAAGCGAGAUUGACUGGAUUCUCAAUUAUUUUUGCGAAUUCAAAACACUAUAAGUUAACUCUUGAGCCUCAUAACUUUCUUCUACGAAAAAUACACUUCAAUAUUUUCAAAACUUCAAUCUCCUGCAUUUCAGAACGUUUCUGUAACGAAAAAAACCUUUGCAAUGGAUCAAGUUAUUACUUUUGUGUAUUACGAUGGCAGGGUUGUCCAUGGCGACCAAGGUGCCAUAUUCGAAGGUCGGAGAAGGUCCAUGCAUCUGAAGCGAAACAUUACCUUCGACCGUUUGAAGAAGAAAAUCCACGAAAGGUUGAAGCUGCAAAGGAACCAGAUGAUUUCUAGAGUCAGCUCUAGAUUUAUGACGACACCGAAUCCCAUUUUUUUUAAGCAUUUUGAGAUAGUUGAUAAUGUUGAUGUUCAAGUCAUGAUGGAUGCAUUUAGUCAGCAGUCAUAUAUGGUUCAGCUGGAGCUGUAUGUUGAAGUUACUGAAGCUGGAAGUUCAUCAAUGUCAGUGCCGACGUAUCUGUCGUCUACUCAACCGAGACCCACUGAAGACGGUGGUAGACAUGUUGUUGAUGAGGAGCUUCUUGCAGAACCAUAUACUGUGCCUUUUAGCGUUAUGAGUAUUGAAGAGACCAAUAUCGUCGUUCCUUCGGAUGUCGCAGUUAAUUUGGGCGAUGAUUAUGACUACCGCCUUGACAAUGAUAAUGUGGACGGUGAAGUCAUUCCUUCAGACGAUGACCACAAUGAAGAUGAAAGAAUGCAACAAGAAGGUGACGAGUCUGACACAGACGAUGAGGGAGACCGACACGCUAAUCCUCAGCCUCGGAUGGCACCUCAUCCUGCUGAUCAACCUGCGGCACCAGUGAAUGUCAAUGUUGAAACUCAAGGCCACCCAAACACGGCCCCAUUCAGGAGUGCUUCUUCGCAUUAUACAUAUAUUAACUGGGAUCACCCAGAUGAAGAAACUGAUUUUUAUUCUGAAACGGAUGUGAAUGGAUCAUGGAAGCUAGGUGAUGACUUAUGUAAAGGGUUGAUUUUUGAAAACAAGCGUGCUGUACAGGAUGCCUUGUUACACUAUUGUUUUAGACUAAAUCAAACUUAUAAGAUGAGUGAAUCCAAGCCAGAGUACUUUACUGCAAAGUGUCAGAAAUCCGUAGAUGGCUGCCCGUGGAGGAUAAGGGCACAUCUAUCCAAGAAAAUUGGUAAAUGGAUCAUAUCCAAAUGGGGGGGUUCGCAUACGUGCUUAAAUGCGAUGACUUCUCAAGACCACAAGAAGAUGACGUCCACCUUCAUGUCCAACUACAUUCUUGGCAUGGUAAGUGCCCAACCAACUAUCCCUAUUUCCCUCAUACAAGAGAGGAUAAGUGGUCAACUCAAUUAUAUGGUGUCAUACUUUAAAGCUUGGAAGGCGAAGCAAAAAGCACUUGCUCGCGUGUUCGGUGAUUGGGAGGAGUCUUACGACCUGCUCCCUAGGUGGUUGGAAUAUAUGCUGAGGUUUUCCCCUGGAUCCCAUUACGAGUUUGUCACAACUGACUAUAAGGACCAGUAUGGCAAUGUUGUUCCUGAUUUCAAGAAAUUUGGUCGAGUGUUUUGGACGUACAAACAAUGUUGUGACGCAUUCAACUAUUGCAAGCCAAUGAUACAAAUUGAUGGCACAUUCCUCUACGGAAAGUAUAGUGGAACUUUGCUUAUUGCCACGACACAGGACGGGAACAGUAAUGUGUUGCCUUUAGCUUUUGCAAUUGUGGAGGGAGAAACACUCGGUGCUUGGACGUGGUUUCUUCGUCUGAUGCGUGUGCAUGUCACCAAGAAACAAGGGAUAUGUCUAAUAUCAGACAGACACGCUAGCAUUCUCUCAGCAGUGGGGAAUCCGUCUAACGGGUGGCAGCCACCAAACGCUUAUCAUGUGUAUUGCAUUCGCCACGUUGCCAGUAAUUUCAACAACAGGUUUCACAACACAGAGCAAAAAAAUGAACUGAUAAAUAUGGCUUACGAGCCUUGCCCAUAUCUUUUCGAGCAACGCUUAGCGGCGUUUCGAGGGCACAACACAGCUGUCCGGCAAUGGAUAAAUGACAUCAGUAAUGAGAAAUGGAGCCGAGCGUGUGAUGUGGAAGGUCGUAGGUAUGGCCACAUGACCACGAACUUAUCUGAGGCUGUGAACAAAGUGUUUAGGGGUGCUAGAAACUUGCCUAUCACUGCACUUGUUAAAUGCACAUAUGGCAGGCUUGUGGAAUAUUUUGUGCAGCGAGGUUCUGCAGCAGCAGCACAACAAAGAGCCGGCGACAUAUAUUGUAACAAGGUCAUGGAGGCCAUGACAAAGAAUGCGACGAUUGCCCAGUCUCACAUUGUGCGGACGUAUAGCAUAGAUAGGUCCAGGUUCGAAGUAGAGGAGGGAUUCAACCAGCAGAACCAUCGCAGUGGUUAUACGUGGCAACUGAACUUAGAUGAAAGAACUUGCGAAUGUGGGCGCUUCCAGACGUUCAAAUAUCCUUGUUCACAUGUGAUCGCCGCGUGCGCCAACCAGAGUUUAGACUAUCUUCAAUAUGUGGACCCUGUUUAUACGAUUCAGAACAUUGUGGAUGCGUAUUCAGGGCAGUGGUACCCCAUUGGGAAUGAUCUGAACAUGCCGCCUGUGAGACCCAAGUUUUUGAGUUGGAAUAAACCGAAUAAAAUUUCUUUUCACGAUUAAUUUGAUGUAACGUGAAGGGAAAACCUGAACAAGGGGUAAAUGGAUGGAAUGAAUUUGUGAAGGAGAAAGUUCAAGAAAAGCUAAAGAUUGUAUCAAAGUCGAUAAGAGUUAUAGCACGACUAAUAUUCGCAUUUAAAACCUAGGACAAGAACUUUAGGAAACAAAACUAUGUUCCAGCUUUGGA